GAGAUCUCCUGGACAGGAGCUCCAAUAAUCCAUCCCGCCUCUGACAACCCCGUCCGGGAAGUUUGUGUGUGUGCAAUAGAGGAGAGAAAAGAGCCUGGAGAACUCCUAUUAACAUGAAAUCAUUGGAGUACAGAUUACAAGUGGCCACUCCCUCCCUCCUCUACUGUCUGCUCUUUUAUAAAUAGCCUGCUAGUGUUGUGUGUGAUUGUGUGUGUGUGUGUGUGUACUGUACACUCCUUGGACUUUGUGCACAACUUCUGUUCCCUAUACUCAUUGCUCUGCCCAUCUCUGCUCAGUGCCCAUUGCCUUCCUUCCUUCCUGCCUGCCUGCUAUGGAGCUGUCCACAUCACCCUCCCUGGUGGCUUAUGGCUCUGUGUGGCUCUUCUUCUCCCUCCUGGUCUUUUUCAAGUUUUCCCAUUCUGACAUGGUCCUGACCCCGGCUCUGCUGGUCUAUUUCUUCCUGCUGGUGCUGUUUGAGUGGUUCUGCCACCUGUACCUCCCCAUCCUGCUAGGAAUGAUUCUGCUCAGUUCGGCAUGCUGGUAUGUUCUGAGCAUCGCAUCCCCCAGGAAAAUGCUGCCCGUGGCCGGGAAAGCCGUGAUGAUCACAGGAUGCGAUUCUGGAUUUGGAAAGGCAGCUGCUCAGAGAAUGGAUGAGAUGGGCUUCAAGGUGAUUGCAACUGUGCUGGAUGUUAGAAGCCCAGGGGCCAAAGAUCUCCAGAAGAGGUGUUCAGAUCGCCUGACAAUCAUUCAAAUGGAUCUGACGAAACCUGAGGACAUCAAGAGAGCUCAGCAAGUGACAAAGGAGCAGACACAUGAAACUGGUCUUUGGGCGCUGGUCAACAAUGCUGGAUAUUGUGUUCACUUUGGAGAUGCUGAGCUAUCACUCAUGACCACCUACAGAGGCUGUAUGGAAGUGAACUUCUUUGGGACACUGGAGAUCACCAAAGCUUUGUUACCUAUGUUACGCAGUUCUAAGGGACGAAUUGUGACUAUUGGAAGCCCAGCUGGUGAGCAUUCAUUCCCGUUCUUGGCUGCGUAUGGUUCUUCCAAAGCUGCUCUAGGCCGAGUAAUGGACACAUUCCGCCACGAGUUGAUGCCGUGGGGCGUUAAAGUCAGCAUGAUAAAGCCAGGAUCCUACAAAACUGGUGCCCAUGAUGACAAAAACCAUUGGGAGAAUCAGCACAAGAAACUGCUCUCCAGUUUACCCUGUGAACUUCUCCAAGAGUAUGGUGAGGAAUAUAUCUGUGAAACCCAAAACCUUUUUCUCGAAUACGGGAAGACAGCAUCCACUGACCUCAGUCCUGUGAUAGACAGUAUAACUGAUGCCAUCUUAUCUGAGAACCCUAAAGUGCAAUAUUAUGCUGGCAAGCACUUAUGGAUCCUUUAUUUCAUUGGAAUAUAUUUACCUCAUAGCCUCAGUGACAGCUUCUUUAAAAACCUAUUCCUGAAGAGCAAAGUCAGUCCCAGAGCUCUGCGAAAACAGAAGAACAAUGAGUAGGAGUUCUCAUCAAGCCAUGCAAUUUGUAUCUUGAACCAUUACAAACUUUUUUUCUCUGGGAGACACUUUGGCUGCGUUUCAAACAAAGCAAAAUAAUAUAAAAAAGCACUGGCUAUGAUCCCAAUGGAAUGGAGAUAACAUCUGCAUCAUAUUAAAGUGGAAUUAAAUGCUCCUUUCCUUUACAGCUCAUGAUGACAGCUUCUUAGCCUCUAUUUAGAUCUGCAGUUGUCACGAUGCUGAACAUGUGAUCAGUUAUGACACCAACCAUUUGAGGGGUGCAUACAAGUACCUGUGACAGUUAUCACCAGAGGUGUACUUUGAAUAUAACUGUUUUGGGAAAUAGUUAAAACUAUGGGUUUAGUUCUGCUUUAAGUUAGAUAAAUGACUUGCAUCUAAUCUGAGCCAUCACCUGGGAAACAGGUGUAUAAUGGCAUUACUAUACAAAAUGCACUGUCAAUUUUCUUUCUCUUUUGUAAUGGUAAAAGUGCCUUCUAAAAUUAAGGAACAUCUCCAUCACUUUAUGGGACUCACACUAGGAAAUUAGAAGCUCCAUCCAAUUAACCUAACCCAGUUAUUUUAUAGGAAUAACGAUCCAAUACAGUACUUACUGUAGGCUAAGCAGGAUACAGGAUAGUAAUGCACUUUAAAUAUGACAUAUCAUUUGUUUAUCUCCACUUUUUAUUAUCAAUUGGAAAGGAUACAGUCUCUGCAGAUCCUUAAAACAUGCAACCCCAAAGCACUAGGACCAAGUUUGGUUUCUUUGGCUUAGAAGAAGUCUGACUCAGAACAUGCUUUGGAAAAUCUACAUUAAACUUCGCAUUGAUGGGA